AUUAUAAAAUUUAAAACAAAAAAUGAGGUGUGAAAAUGGAAUUAAGAAAUUAAACACACACGUGCGCACUCUUCUUUGUUUAAAUCUUCCACUCUUUCUACUGCAACCAAGUCAUCUGAAAAAAUGUCCAACCGUUUCCUAAAAAAUUUCCAUUUCUUCAAACUCAAAUUCUCACCGCCGGCCGCCGUCGCCCACUCCCCAUCCUCCGACUGCUACUUCACCUCCAACCCCAUUUCCCUCACCCCUUCCUCCCUCGCCGACGAUGGCUUCUUCUCCACCUCCUCCGAUGCCGACGACUCAAUCUCCGACGACCUUGCCACCGUCCUCGCCUCCCGCCGCUUCUUCUUCUCCUCCCCCGGCCGCUCCAACUCCAUUUGUGACUCCUCCGCCGCCCGUCGCCGAUCCCACGACAUCGUGGUUUCUGAAGGUCUAGAAGUCCCCAAAUAUUCAAUGGACCCUUACGCCGACUUCCGGCGGUCAAUGCAGGAGAUGGUGGAAGCUCGAGAAUUGGAGAGUGUGAGGAGCGACUCUGAGUUUUUGCGAGAGCUUUUGUCGUGCUAUCUCCGGUUGAAUCCGAAAAACACCCAUAAGUUCAUUGUUAGAGCUUUUGCUGAUCUUUUGCUUUGUUUGUUAACAUCCUCCUCGUCCACUCCGCCGUCGGCUCCUAAAGCACGACGGAAAGGUGUUAUGUUUCGGUAAUUUUAUGUCCUCUAAAGUUCAAUGGAUUUCUUAUAUCUUAGACCAAUACACAUAUUCCGACUAGAACUUCAAAAGUUCAGUUAUAUAUCUAUUUUCUUAUAGGGCUCUGAAACCCCUGUUUUCAUUUUUGAACUUCAUUUAAAAUUGUUUCAGGAAAGUUUCAUUCUCGACAAAUAAAGGAUGAAAAUUGAGAUGAUAUCUAGUGUUAGCAUGUGUACGGACAUCAUUACAACUAGGUAGAAGAUUAAGAUUUGUUUAUUUCAUCUUAAAUAUUAAAAUUAUUUUUCUGAUCAACUUUUGUGGCGUGAAAUUGUGUUAAUGAUGUAAUGUAUAUAUUAAAAAAAUUCACUGCUCAAAGCACUGAUUCCCGCUUAUCCUUGAUCUAGCAACAGGAUGAGUGUGAUGUUCUUCGUUUGAAACUUGUUUGCUUUCCAUAGAUUUAGCUACUAUUUCCGCUGAAGUUCUUCCCAAAAUUUAUAGUCCUACAAACCAUGGUUUGUUUAAGACAGAUUUAGGUUCAUAAUCGAGCAGUCAGUAAC